AUGAUCCUCUACGCUAUUCUGGCCCUCCUGGCCACCUCUGCAAAAGUCGUGUCUGCCGGCAAUGGCCAGUUUGCGAUCGACAUCAGCGCACUGCUCACGGCGCGUAUGGACCCCAUCAUCGACCCCGGCAAUGAUAAGGACGUCGGGCAUGUUCACACCAUCUUCGGCGCGUCCAACUUUAGGUCUCAGCCCAACAGCCACGACCAGAUGCAGGCGGCCAAGUGCACGUCAGCCAUGGUUGGCGCCGACAAGAGCAACUACUGGGUUCCGACGCUGUUCUGGAAGAACCCCAACAACGAGUACGAGGCGGCCUAUCUCCAGGGAGCGCGCGCAUACUACGUCAUCGGCGACAGUGACAAGACUGAGCCGUUCCCCGAUGGCCUGCGCAUGAUCUCUGGCAGCGCCAUCAACCGCGGCCACAGCGAGAAGAGCAUGGGUAUCUCGCUUGUCACAGCAGAGACAGACCUUGGGCCCUAUCUCCCCAACAAUACAAACACGGCCACUGGCAACACUCCAUCACGGCAGUUUUCAUAUCACAUUCGGUUCCCGCCUUGCGGCACUGGAGAGCUGGACUCGGCCGAUCACUUUUCGCACAUGUCUUGGCUUCACGAUGUCAACGGCCCGUCGGCGUGGGGAGGUGACCGCUGCCCCGACUCCCACCCUAUCCGCUACCCCACGAUUCAGCUCGAGGUGUACUGGACCAUCAACAUUGGCCAGCGGGAAAAGUGGCGCAAGGGGGAUGGUGAUGUCAACUUGGUACUCGCGAACGGCGACGAGGUUGGCGGCUCGCUCCACGCUGAUUUUGUGAUGGGCUGGGACCGCAACGUCCUCGGGAGAGCCAUCAAGGACCCCGCUUGCCUCGCUGCCGAUAUUAGGGCCAGUGCAUGUCCCGCGUUUGCUCCUACAGUAUCGUCAGACGACUCGCACAUGCACUGCCGAUACCAGGGCCAGAUUCCGGACGAAGAGCUGGGCUACUACAAGGCGCUGAAGAACCUGCCUGGCAAGAACCCCGCCUGGGGCAGGGACCAGGGCGACUCCAAGCCAGAGGGCACGCCUGCCGACUACAAGAAGCCCGGCUGGACUUGGCCCAACGUCGCCUGGGAGAGCGAGGCCAAGUUCCCCCAGUGGCCGCUGGCUAUCGACUUUGCGAGCGAGCCCAGCGGUGAAGCCACUCAAGACUUCCUCAACCAAUUCACGCCAAUCCUCCGUUACAGGUUCGUCCCAUGGAGCAGCCUGACGAGUAACCCUGCCGGCACACAUGAGGAUGUGCGGGCCAAUCUCGACUGGAACACCGCACCCAACAAGGUCCAGCAGGUCUAUGGCCUUUGA